GUAUCGUCGGUCGGUUGUGCACAAAAGUCAUCGUUCGCAACGGUGGAUAUUCCCUAGGUUUAAGGGCUAAUUAUUCUAUCUGGAUGCUGGAAGGUCCCCAAAAGGAACUGGGAACUAUUAAGUGAAGUUUGUUGACCCUCAUCUAAUUGGGACAGUAAUUAGGAAGGGAAGUGCAGCUGAUUAACACCCCCCAGUGAUCACUGAAGAAGAUGGUUAAAAUUGGCCGACACCGUUGUUCAAAAUUCUCAAAUGUGUCAAUUUACUGAUUGAUAAAAUAUCGUGAGUGGAUGAUCUAUGUUCAAUACAUAUAUUGGUUUUCAAAUUGUGUACACCGGUUCCCAAAAUUACUCUCUGGUCACAUGUGUAUUGAAUCACACUUGUUUGAAUUACUCAUUUGCUCGUGACAACCCGGAUGUGUGCUUUCAGCCGGAAAAUUGAAAUCAUUCACAGCCCCCGGCAAAUAUCAGAAGCAGCAGCAGUGCGUUGCCAACAGUGUAUGUGUGUCUGUCUCUUGUGUCUGUGGGAAUUUUAAGGCCAACCAGCUGAUUGGCCUUUUCAAACAGUGCAGUGAUUAAAAUCAGAUUACGCCUGUGUUUAUCAACAACGGAUUCAACCAACCCUCCUCGACGGAAGUCAACUGAACUGGAUGGAUGAAAUGUGUUAAUCCCGAUUGCCGACCACAUCAGAAAGCUAUUAUUCGGCAGACAACUUCUGAGGUGGUGAUAUUCCACGAAAGCUUUAUUGCACAGAGCGUGAGUUGCAAUCAAGUGAUCAACCAGUAAGCUUUGUGUGAGUGCUGCAUUUUAGGAGAAGAGAGUUUCCGGUCCGGUUUAUCCUCAGGUGGAAAUUGGGUUCCCACUGAGAGCGUUUGAACGAGUUAAGCUAACAGCUGUUUACGGAGGCUAAGUGAGUCGUGAACAGUGAGUAGAACAGGAUUGUCAAGCUGGUCGACGAGGAGUUUGGAGUUCAACUUGGGCCAAGUUGUGGCAAGUGUUCACGAGCAGUAUGUUUGACAAAGUUGAAAACUUUGAUUUUUCCGAAGCGUGGCUCCAGGUAGUAUUCAAACAAAACCAUUUCGAAACCGGUACCGAUAAAAAUCUCUAACGCCGGCAUGCAGUUUUCGUGCUUGUCUUUCUAAAAGUUGACCAAUAUGGAAUAAUACAUAAACAAACAGCAAAUAUUCCACAUUGCUAGCCCGUCGUCGUUCAGAAUUUGUGAAAUUCAAAAGUGCAGUGAUAGAAAAAAAAACAAACAAAGUGUAAUAUUCCCGGGACAAACUUAAAAACGGGACGUGGCCGUGUGCCAGUAGUGUCCAGUGAACUGUACGAUUGGGGGAAGGGAGCCCAUGUAAAAUAAUGCUCAGUCAAGAUGACGAUUAAACUUCACGAGUGCAAACAUAAACAUCACCAUCAUCAUAAACAUCAUCGCGACUGUGGUGCUGCUGAGAGCAGUUGUAUCAGUAGUGCAAAUACCAGUGGUACAAGUGACUUGAGUCAUAGAAUUAAUUUCACUAGUGCUGACACCAACAACGGUGAUGUGGUUCCAGUGAGCGUGAAUGACCGAGGAGGGCUUUUGCCGCCGUCAGAAGUAUCCUCACGAAUCGUUCUGAACUGGAGCAGGAGGGCGGGAAAGUUACCGAGAGAACAAGUAGCAGCAGCAGCAGCAUCCCCAGCAGUGGUAAAUACUGCAAAUAGUGAUGAUGGGAAGCUAGUGGAAUGUUGUGAUCCCGCCCUGCCCGGGUUGUGGAAUUUAGAGGGUCGUGUGACUUGUCCGGUUCGAAAGAAUGAUACCACCGACUGUAGCGAUUCAGUUGGCGAUGAUGGCGGAGGCAGUCGCUCCAAACUGGUCGAUGUGACAAGUAGCAGUGUUGCCGGUCGGUCACCCGUUGUAGCGGUCAGUAGUCGGUGGCCUCGGCAGGACCACCAUCAGGAACUCGGGAGAAGGCACUCGAGGAAUGCUAGUUGUAGCCAACCGUGUAGUUUUUAUGACACAUUCUAUCGCUACCGAUUCCUGCGAAGCUUAGCCGUACUGUACAUAGCGCUAGUAGUAGUUAUUACCAAUGCAGUGGCAGCGUUUGAGCCGGAUUUUGUAUACCCACUGGAAAAUGUUACGAUAGCGAAAGGACGUGAUGCGACAUUUACGUGCGUUGUAAAUAACCUGGGGGGUUAUAGGGUGAGUGGGGAUGCAACUCCUGCUAGGGUUGCCUGGAUUAAAGCGGAUGCCAAAGCGAUUCUCGCCAUCCACGAGCACGUGAUCACCAACAAUGGCCGGCUGUCGGUGACCCACAACGACUACAACACCUGGACCCUGGUGAUCCGGAACGUCAAGAUGGAGGACCGGGGGCUGUACAUGUGCCAGGUCAAUACGGACCCGAUGAAGAUGCAGACUGCAUUUUUGGAGGUGGUAAUCCCGCCGGAUAUCAUCUACGAGGAAACGUCCGGUGACAUGAUGGUUCCGGAAGGCGGCUCGGCCAAGUUGGUCUGCAAAGCCCGGGGCUAUCCGAAGCCAAAGAUCAUCUGGCGCCGGGAGGAUGGCCGGGAGAUAAUCGCACGUAAUGGCACCCAUGGGAAGAUGAAAGCGACGGUCGUCGAGGGUGAGAUGCUAUCACUAACCAAGGUGACACGUUCCGAGAUGGGUGCCUACAUGUGCAUCGCUUCCAACGGAGUUCCGCCCUCGGUGAGCAAGAGGAUGAAGCUGCAAGUGCACUUUCAUCCGCUGAUACAAGUUCCGAAUCAACUCGUCGGGGCUCCGCUGGGAACGGACGUCACACUGAUCUGUAACGUUGAGGCAUCCCCGAAGGCAAUCAACUACUGGCAGCGUGAGAAUGGCGAGAUGAUAAUCUCCAACGAGCGCUACUCGAUGAGCGAAAACGAAAGCUCAAUGUACGCGGUGCAGAUGACGCUCGUGAUCCGGAAGCUGCACAAAGCCGAUAUGGGCGGUUACAAAUGCAUAUCGAAAAACAGCAUCGGAGACGCCGAGGGAACGAUCCGGCUUUACGAGAUGGAGCUACAGAAAAAGACUAAAACAGCACAUAGACUGAAUAGCGUUGAAGAUACCUCUGUAAAUGAUGAAAUCAACUCUACGCCAAACAUAGACCAAGGAUCCGAGGAGAAUAAUAAAAUCCACAAAAACGGCCGACUGUACAAAGGCCUGCAGAGCAGCGAGCACGAUCUGAUGAGCUCUUCCGGCUCCCGGUCCGUCCCGUUCCUCUGCUUCGGUGGCCAUCUGGACCGGAAUUGGCCACCAUCAGCACAUCAAUCAUCGCCCUGGACCGGAAUCCUCUACGGUGGGGUGGUGAAGCUGUUAAUUGUCCUUCUGGUGCACUUUCGCCAAACGAUGGCCCAAGUGUUGCUGCCCCUGCUUCAAGUGGGUGCUCGAUGUUGGAGAUUGCGGCCGCGGUGGAGAAGGAUCCCUAUCGUCGGAACAAUCAGAACCAUCUCUUCUUCUACCCAUCAACGAAGAAGGAUGAACGGAACGGAACAAAAUUCGAACCCCGUCCCUCCAAAGAGUCGACCACCAACUAUUGCUGUUGAAUCAUCGUUGUGAUUUUAGCUGUUACUCCUGCUGAUGCUGCUGAUAAUGCUGCUCUAGAUGUGCGUUGUUUGAACGGCUGUCCGCUGUUUCGAACGUUUGAAAACAUAUUCACAUAUAUCAAAGAUAGAAGGAUACUAAAUUACCAACAAAGUACAGUCUAACAAGUACUUUUGAAUCUGCAUCUAGAUUUAAACAAAAUUAUACGGUAAAACCACAUCUCCAACUGUCUGGCUGCUUCUUUGCUAAUAAUUCGCUGCUACGGCAUUGAUAAAGAUGACGAUGAUGGUGUGAAAAUUGCAAGAGUGAAUCAUAAAUACAAGCACCCCAUACCCAAUAGGUCAGCACGAGACGACGAUUUAUUAUGUAAAUUUUACGGAGUAAGUGCCAAAAAAAUCAACAUAGGAAUUUGUCAAGAAAGACACAUAAAUGUAAAAUGAGAGAUUUGAUGACAAAGUCGUUAAACCCGAAACCAUACACACACGUUGAUAAAAAAAAGUUAUAUUCAUAUUCAUAGCUAAAGAAAUGAAACAGCAACGUUAUGAUGUGAGAGUUAUUACGAAUGCUGCUAUAUAAGAGUGCAUACUGAAUAAAAUGGGAAUUUUUUAUUAUGAAUAAAUUAUGUGGCGCUUAUUGUUACGAUGUGAAAAAAGAUAGCGAUUGAAAUAAAUGACUAAACUCAUGCCACUGGUAGAAACAUAAGUUUAAGUAAACUAAACUGUAAUUUAUUGCAACAAAUCCAACCACACACACAAAACAUAAACGCUAUCUCAGUAAGUAAAAUCAACGGUAGAUAAAUCAAUAAUAACUGCAACAAGCGAAAAAAAUUCACGACAAACUUAGCCAAUUAACCUCGAGGUACAACCUUGCUCGUGAAACUAACCUAAAUCUAGAGUUGAAGCACUUUGAAGAACUGUGGUGACAAACAAUAAAGAAGCAAAACACUACUUAGUUACUCUCAACUGAAAUCUAUGGGAAUGUAUGAACUAUUGCUAUCCGCCGCCAAUCUGUUCCGAAGCAAUGCGGAAUAGCACAAAAUGUAAAUAGUGACGAUGUGUGGUGUGGGUCGCGACACAAGGCGCAAAUACAUUGACUAAU